AUGCAUGAUAGCGUCCAGAGGCAGGGGCGGAAGCGGAAUCGGCAAGCUAUGCUACCAAGUCUUGCGCCUUGUGGGCGCAAGCGGUCCAUCAACGAGAUGGAUGAUGACGGCCAGAAGCAAUCCGAGAAAAAGAAGAGACGACACAGGACUCCGGAAGUUGCCGAAUAUGCAGAAGAUCGCGACCAGAGGCGAUCCAAAAAGGAGCAGAACCGACCAAGCACUCAGGGUUUUGUGAACCAUGCAGAAGACGACGAGAACGAUCCUGUUGAGUCUAACUGGGAUGAUGAUGCCAAUGAGGUUUGCCAAGAAGCCUCAGUACUGUCAGGAAGGGAUCAAAAAGCCGCAGAGCCGGGAAGAGGCACGCCAGCUCUCCUUAACAAGUGGUGCGCUCAACGGGCAUCAAGUCGAUGGAGGAUGGUGAUACGCAGCGUGUCCCAGCAGAUGCAGACGGGGAGGGAACAUCUGAAAGUGAUGGCUGAAGAGUAUGUCUGGUGA